GGGGCCCGUGACACUGAAUCUGAAAGCACCAAACUUCUCAUCCCCCAACUGAUGGUCAGAACAAACUCCGCUUUUCCAAUGAGAGUUCUACCACUUCGUUUCGUGUCCGUCUCCAUAUCGGUUGUCGUCUUUUUUGUUUUCCUUUUAAGUCUCUGUAAAACCUCCGCAGAUGGAGGCAAGUUGAGCGGAAACUACUCUAAGUUAUCAGGAAUCAUUAUACCAGGUUUCGCCUCCACUCAGCUCAGAGCAUGGUCGAUCCUCGACUGUCCCUACUCCCCUCUCGAUUUCAAUCCUCUCGACCUCGUUUGGCUUGACACAACCAAACUUCUAUCUGCUGUAAAUUGCUGGCUUAAGUGCAUGAUACUAGAUCCUUAUAAUCAAACAGAUCAUCCUGAAUGCAAGUCUCGGCCUGAUAGUGGUCUUUCAGCGAUAACAGAACUUGAUCCAGGAUAUAUAACGGGUCCUCUCUCUUCUGUAUGGAAAGAAUGGAUUAAGUGGUGCAUUGAGUUUGGUAUAGAAGCUAAUGCAAUUGUUGCUGUUCCAUAUGAUUGGAGAUUGACACCAUCAAAGCUUGAAGAGCGAGACCUAUAUUUUCACAAGCUAAAGUUGACAUUAGAAACUGCCUUGAAACUUCGUGGUGGCCCUUCAUUAGUGUUUGCCCAUUCAUUGGGUAACAAUGUGUUCCGUUACUUUCUAGAGUGGUUAAAGCUAGAAAUUGCUCCAAAACAGUAUGUCCAGUGGUUGGAUGAACAUAUUCAUGCCUAUUUUGCUGUUGGUGCUCCUUUUCUUGGUGCAGCUGAGGCAAUUAAAGCAACGCUUUCUGGUGUCACGUUUGGCCUUCCUGUUUCUGAGGGAACAGCUCGAUUGAUGUUCAGUUCAUUUGGUUCUUCAUUAUGGAUGUUGCCAUUUUCAAAGCAUUGCAGAGGAGAUAGCACUUAUUGGAAGCAUUUCUCUGGGAAUACUGGAAAGGGUCAUCACACGUAUCAAUGUGAUCUGCAGGAGUUUCAGUUGAAUUACUCUGGCUGGCCAACUAAUAUAGUUAAUGUUGAAAUUCCUACUGUACGUGCAGGAUUUGAUGCCUACCCAUCAAUUUCUGAAAUAUCUGAGACCAACUUGUCCAGCAUGGAAUGUGGGCUCCCUACUCAACUAUCCUUCUCUGCUCGUGAAGUAUCAGAUGGUGCCUUUUUCAAAUCGAUAGAGGAUUAUGACCCAGAAAGCAAAAGGCUCUUGUAUCUAUUAGACAAGUCAUAUCAUGGCGAUCCAGUUCUAAAUCCUCUUACACCAUGGGAGAGACCACCUAUAAAAAAUAUUUUUUGUAUCUAUGGGAUAGACUUAAAGACCGAGGUGGGAUACUAUUUUGCACCAAGUGGCAAGCCUUACCCUGAUAAUUGGAUCAUAACCGAUGUCAUUUAUGAGAUUGAAGGAUCUCUGUUCUCAAGGUCAGGGAAUCAAGUUGAAGGAAACCCAGGAAGAGCAAGUGGGGAUGAUACAGUACCAUACCAUUCUCUCUCUUGGUGCAAGAGUUGGCUUGGAUCAAAAGUAAACAUAACUAGAGCUCCUCAGUCUGAGCAUGAUGGAUCUGAUCUACAAGUUGAACUGAAUGUAGAACAUCAUCAUGAUGCCGAUAUAGUUCCCAACAUGACAAGAUCCCCGAGGGUUAAGUACAUAACAUACUAUGAAGAUUCUGAAAGUAUUCCGGGAAGGAGGACAGCAGUUUGGGAGCUUGAUAAAGCAAAUCACAGGAAUAUUGUUAGAUCCCCAGUUCUAAUGCGGGAAUUGUGGCUCCAGAUGUGGCAUGAUAUUCACCCUGAUGCAACAUCAAAAUUUGUUACAAAAGCUAAGCGUGGACCUCUGAGGGAUGAGGACUGUUAUUGGGAUUAUGGGAAAGCUCGCUGUGCAUGGUCCGAACACUGUGAAUAUAGGUAUGUUUUUGGGGAUGUUCACCUAGGACAGAGCUGCAGAUUAAAGAAUUCUUCAGCUGAUCUGCUCUUGCAUUAUGUAUAAAAUAGAAAGGUGCUUGUUUCUCUCAACACAAGGCACAUUUACCGUACACAUCAUCGUCUAUUGUUAUUUUGAAAGAUGAAGCCGACAAGAAUCCCAUCUCUGGUAAGUCAUUUUUUGGUAUAACAAGGAACCAGAGGCUCAUCUAAGAUCUGAUAAACUUUAGUUAACCUCGGCAGCACCUUGUUUGCAACUUUGGUCCAAGCUUGUUUUGGUCCUGCGUUUAUAGUGUUGCACCAAAGUGGUCCAGGCAGGCAGGGCAGUUUACUUGGAUAUAAGAUUUAGAUUCGCAUACCUUAUCAGCAAAUCAUUUACUAUUCUUUUAUUUCAUUUCAGUAUCUUUAUUUCUGGUGAUGUUACGAGGGGAUACUGAUAAAGAGUUAUAUUGGGUCUUCUUUAUAUUUAGCUCGUUUUAUACCGGAACAUUAUUGAUUCUUUUUCUGUACAUUGAACAAUUAAGCGUAGUAAUUCAGCUAGCUUAGAUUAUCUUAGUUGACUUCA